UCUUUCGGGCCGCAGUGCACGCCGGCCUAGCGGAGGACGUCCGAGAGCACCCCGCGCAGCGCGGCUGGCUCUGCGGCCUAUGCGAGCAGGCAGGCGCCUCGGUAUCAAUCAUACGGGCGAACGGCGCGCAGAAAGUCCAGGACCGGCCACGGCCACUCGUAAUCCGGAGCCCCAGAGGCCGCAAAGACGGUACCAUUUCCUCAGCGGCGGAUGAGGAAACAGAGGCCCAGAGAGGCAAGUGGUUUGCCCAACAUCAUGCAGCUAGUUAGUGGCAGAGCUGAGACUAGAGGCUAGAUCUGCUGACUCUGUCUGCUCUUUCCACUACACCAGCUCCUGGACCUGACUGCCACAGUAGGAUGAAGUAAUAUGAAUAAAACAUGAUUUCUCCAGUAAGAAUGUCUUUCCCUCCUCACUUGAAUCGACCUCCUAUGGGAAUCCCAGCUCUCCCACCAGGUAUCCCACCCCCACAGUUUCCUGGAUUUCCUCCACCUGUGCCUCCAGGGACCCCAAUGAUUCCUGUACCAAUGAGCAUUAUGACUCCUGCUCCAACUGUUUUAGUGCCCACUGUGUCCAUGGUUGGAAAGCAUUUGGGAGCCAGAAAAGACCAUCCAGGCCUAAAGAACAAAGAGAAUGAUGAAAACAGUGGGCCCACGACUACAGUUUUUGUGGGCAACAUUUCUGAGAAAGCCUCUGACAUGCUAAUUAGGCAGCUCCUAGCCAAAUGUGGUUUAGUUUUGAGCUGGAAAAGAGUUCAAGGUGCAUCUGGAAAACUUCAAGCCUUUGGGUUCUGUGAAUAUAAAGAACCUGAAUCUACCCUCCGUGCUCUUCGGUUAUUGCAUGAUCUUCAGAUUGGUGAGAAGAAGCUCUUAGUUAAAGUUGAUGCGAAGACUAAGGCACAGUUAGAUGAAUGGAAAGCGAAGAGGAAAGCGUCCAAUGGGGUUGGUGAUUUUUCUGAAUUUGCCUUGUUUCCCAAGAAUGCCAGGCCAGAGACUACAAAUGAUGAGGAUGAAGCCUUAGAUGAAGAAACAAAAAGAAGAGAUCAGAUCAUUAAAGGGGCCAUUGAAGUGUUAAUACGGGAAUACUCCAGCGAGCUCAAUGCCCCCUCCCAGGAAUCUGACUCUCACCCCAGGAAGAAGAAAAAGGAAAAGAAGGAGGACAUUUUCCGCAGAUUUCCAGUGGCCCCACUGAUCCCUUAUCCACUCAUCACCAAGGAAGACAUAAACGCUAUAGAAAUGGAAGAAGACAAAAGAGACCUGAUAUCACGAGAGAUCAGUAAAUUCAGAGACACACACAAGAAACUGGAAGAAGAGAAAGGCAAAAAGGAGAAAGAGAGACAGGAAAUUGAGAAAGAACGGAGAGAAAGAGAGAGGGAACGUGAAAGGGAACGAGAAAGGCGAGAACGGGAACGAGAAAGGGAAAGAGAACGUGAACGAGAAAAGGAGAAGGAACGGGAGCGGGAACGAGAGCGGGAUAGGGACCGAGACCGGACCAAGGAGAGAGACCGAGACCGGGAGAGAGAGAGAGACCGAGACCGGGACCGGGAAAGGAGCUCAGACCGUAAUAAAGAUCGGAGUCGAUCCCGAGAGAAGAGCAGAGACCGUGAACGAGAACGGGAAAGGGAAAGAGAGAGAGAACGGGAGCGUGAGCGGGAAAGAGAACGGGAAAGGGAAAGAGAGAGAGAACGGGAACGAGAGAGAGAAAAAGACAAGAAAAGAGACCGAGAAGAGGAUGAAGAAGAUGCUUAUGAACGGCGAAAGCUAGAGAGAAAAUUACGGGAGAAGGAAGCUGCUUAUCAAGAGCGACUUAAGAAUUGGGAGAUCAGAGAACGGAAGAAAACUAGAGAAUAUGAAAAAGAGGCUGAAAGAGAAGAAGAGAGACGACGAGAAAUGGCAAAAGAAGCCAAACGGCUAAAAGAAUUCUUGGAGGAUUAUGAUGAUGACAGAGAUGAUCCUAAAUAUUAUAGGGGUAGUGCACUUCAGAAAAGACUGCGUGACAGGGAGAAAGAAAUGGAAGCAGAUGAACGAGAUAGGAAGAGAGAAAAGGAGGAGUUAGAAGAAAUAAGACAGCGUCUUCUGGCAGAAGGACAUCCAGACCCAGAUGCAGAACUCCAAAGAAUGGAACAAGAAGCUGAAAGGCGCAGGCAACCACAAAUAAAGCAGGAGCCAGAGUCUGAGGAAGAGGAAGAAGAGAAGCAAGAGAAAGAAGAAAAACGAGAAGAGCCCAUAGAAGAAGAGGAGGAGCCAGAGCAAAAACCUUGUCUUAAACCAACCUUGAGGCCCAUCAGCUCAGCCCCAUCAGUUUCAUCUGCUAGUGGCAAUGCAACCCCCAAUACUCCUGGGGAUGAAUCUCCCUGUGGCAUUAUCAUCCCCCAUGAAAACUCACCAGAUCAACAGCAACCUGAGGAACACAGGCCAAAAAUAGGAUUAAGUCUUAAACUGGGUGCUUCCAAUAGUCCUGGCCAACCCAAUGCUGUAAAGAGAAAGAAGCUCCCUGUGGAUAGUGUCUUCAACAAAUUUGAGGAUGAAGACAGUGAUGAUGUACCCCGGAAAAGGAAACUGGUUCCUUUAGAUUAUGGUGAAGAUGAUAAAAGUUCCACGAAAGGCACUGUUAACACAGAAGAAAAGCGCAAACAUAUCAAAAGUCUCAUUGAGAAAAUCCCGACGGCUAAACCUGAGCUCUUUGCAUAUCCCCUUGAUUGGUCUAUUGUAGAUUCUACAUUAAUGGAACGCCGAAUUAGACCAUGGAUUAAUAAGAAAAUCAUAGAAUAUAUAGGUGAAGAAGAAGCCACGUUAGUUGAUUUUGUUUGUUCUAAGGUUAUGGCCCAUAGUUCACCACAAAGUAUAUUAGAUGAUGUUGCCAUGGUACUAGAUGAAGAAGCAGAAGUUUUUAUAGUCAAAAUGUGGAGAUUAUUGAUAUAUGAAACAGAAGCCAAGAAAAUUGGUCUUGUGAAGUAAAACUGUUUUUACAUUUAGGUUCCAUUUCAAAUUUUUUCUCCUUUUCCGCCAUUCAAAGGACUUUGAAUUUUAUCUGUCCUCAAAAGACACUUGUGAGAUCUGUAAUUUUUUUUAAUGUAGAAAAUGUGAAAAAUUUUUUGGUCCUCUGCUCUGUUAAGACCCCUCUGUUCUCCCUCGGUUAUAGAGUUAUCUGAAUCCUACAUUGGUUCUCUUUAUAACUCACCAGGUACAAUUACUGGUAUGUUUUAUAAGCUGCAGCUACUGUACAACGCCUCUCUGAUAAUCUUGUUCUGCUAAUUUGUUCCUUGUAAAUAUUAAAAUGACUCCCUGGUUCUUUUGCAAAAUUGCACUUAAUGUUGAAUUGUACCAGUUAGAAAACCAAGAUAAUCAUUUUUUAUUGCAAGAGUAUCAGCCAUCUUUUAUAACCUCCCCCACCCCCCAGUGCCCUUUUUAAUUUAAAAACUGAUCAGAAAUGGCAAGUCCUGUUUAAGGUAUAGAAUUUAAAUUAGAAUGUAAGAAUGUGUCAAGUGGGUAACCCACUCUUCUUUAAACUAUGUGUGUAUGAGCAUGAGUGAAUGUAUGAAUGUGUCCCUCCCUCCUCCCCCCCCCCCCCCAUUUGUCUUAGGGGCAGCUGCCUUAAACAUUUCAUGAUUCAGGAUCCUAAAGGGAAAGUAGUGAUAUUGUGCCAACCUUAAUGUCUUGGACAAUUGAAUUGUCAGUGUCUCAGUGCAUGGGAUUGUAUUAUGGUGCAGCAUUCUGUUGAACAGGAUGGGGUUCCCCUGUUUAGCUGGCUCCUUCAGCUUUUCUCUUGAGGGAGAAUGAGUCAUGCAGAGCUUUUUACAUUUCUUUAGGCUGAUCAUUAAUUUCUAGAGCACAUUUUUUUUACAUUCAUUGGCUUUAACCAUUAUAGCUCCAUUUAGUAUCUCCUUAUAAAAUCUCAGCUUUCUAAAAAAAUUUUUUAAAGAAAAAAAUUCUUUUAAGAAAUGUUUUUCUUUAAAAAAAAAAAAAAGACCAAAAAAAGCCAAUUUCAACAUUGGGAGAAAUGGGAGAAAACAUUAAUAUAUUUGGACAUAACAAUUUAGAAAACAACAUUUUGGCAUCCAUUUAGACAUUUUUGACCACUGAUUAUUUUUUUUUUUAGUUGUAAGGAGACUGUAUGGCUUACCUUUUUUUAAAAAAAUAUAUACAUACAUGGAGACUUUGUUUUACCUCUACAUAUCCAGGUUAAAAAUCUGAUGAUGUGCAUAAAGAUAUACCAUGGGCUGUCUUUACUGUAGGACAGAACUUCACCAGGGAGCAAAACAGGUCAACCUGUUUAGAAAAGCAUAACUGUGACCCUGUAUUACUAGAUUUCUUUCAUCUUGAGGGGACAUUUGAAAACACUGUUCUUAACAAAUGGGAACGUGAAAAGGUUCCACCAUGUAAAUAUUUCGAAUAUUAAAAAAUGUAUAUAUUUGAUCUGGGGACUCAGAUUCUUUCAGAGUCUUGUUAAAUAAAUGGCAUCAUGUUAUAAUUGUGUGGUGCAGACUAGAAAACUUAAUUUCAAAAUAUGGGAUGAGUUUUUGUGGGGUUUUCACGAAUAUUUUAUGGGUAUUUAGUAAAGAUAGAAGUACUAUCUUGUUUUGAGUGGACCUCCUUUACAUGUGUGGAAAUGCCUUUAUUGUCAUAAUGUUUUAAAUUUUGGUUAAGGUGAAAACUUAAGGAAGAAAUCCAGUAUCAUUUUCUAAUUACAAAAUAAGAUCUCUAGAAAGGGACUAUUUUCCUGAAUUGUUUUUUCUUUAAUCUUUGUCCCAUUUCAGUGAUAGAAAUUGUUUGGAGAAUAGUUACAGCCAUGUUUUCUUUAACAUAGUUAACACUUCUUUUGACAUGUUACUGGAGAAUUGCUUCUACUUCAUUGGUCCAGUAUGCCAUUUUCAAAUUUUAUUCUAGUAGAUUUAAGCUAUCUUGUCUUUUACAUAUUUAAGUUUGAUUUUUAUCUAUAUCAUUCUUUUCAUGGUUAUGUUUAUCUUUCCCCUCCACACUUACUGUAUAUUGUCCUUCUGGAAAUGUUGGCUUCAUAUACUGUGGAAAAUUCGAAUUGGGAAGAAAAACUACAUAUAUGAAAAACGUGAAGGAUUCUAGGAUUUUUUUUUUUUUUGGUGAGGCAAUUGGGGUUAAGUGACUUGCCCAGGGUCACACAGCUAGUAAGUGUUAAGUGUCUGAGGUCAGAUUUGAACUCAGGUACUCCUGAAUCCAGAGCCGGUGCUCCAUCCACUGCGCCACCUAGCUGCCCUGGAUUCUAGGAUUUUUAAAACUGAUAGUACAUAACUGAAAACAUUUUAGAUCUACUUAAGAAAAGUCUAAAAAUGUUAACACUAAUAUUGAGAGGUUGGUUUUAAAAAUAUUAUUUAACAUGCUUUUAUGACUGGUACUGUAUAUUGUUUUAUCUGACACAGCUUUCACAGAAACAUGCACACAGUUUUUUGUGAAUGGAUUGGACUUCCUGGAUUGUCUGCCUAAGUAAUUAGACCAUGCAUUCAUUCAUCACUUCAUGGAUUUUUAUCUUAGUUGUGUACUUCCACAUUAGAGUGCUGUGAAACAGUUACACUGCUAAGCAACUAAUAUAGGAAAUACAGCAUAAUCUUUUGCAUACCUUGGAUUUUGUGACCAGGACCCUUUUUCUUCCCCCUGGUUUGACAUCUUAAAAAAUCAUUUUGAAUAUGCAAUUUCUGCAGAAGCAUAUUUUAAAAAAAAUUAAUAGAUGCUGUUUCUAUACAUCCCCACAAUUCCUCCAUCUCGUAUUUCCAGUUGAAUCUCCAAUGUUAGAAUCCCCAAAACAUUGAAAAGUAACGACAAUGAAGUGAUUGUUACUGAUAAUGAAUCAAACUUUACCCUGUAAUAGACUCAUGUUCCUUAAAAGGAGGGUGUCUGCUGUAUUAGUACCAAGUUUGCCCACUGUUUUUGAUCUUGAUUUGUUGCCAUUUAAAGUCUUCAUUAAUGUCUAGCUACUAGUAGUAACUGUGUGUUAUCAUAGGACCAUAGAUCUAAAUCUGGAAGAUACAGAUUAUCUAGUCUAGCCUCCUUGUUUUACAAAUGUGUAAUGUGUAAAUUCUGAGGUCCAGGGAGAUUGUGACUUGCUUGAAUUCAAGCAGUUCAUAAAUGUCAGAAGUGAGAUUUAAACCCAAGUCCUCUGACCUCUGAACCAGUGGGCUUUCCAUUAUGCCAUGCAACUAACUAUAUUCUCUAUCUCAAAUUUAAUUCCACAAAUGGUUUAUUUAGUUUCCAGGCAGUGCUAGAGUCUGCGGAUACAAAGAUAAAAACAAAACAAAUCCUUGCCCUCAAGGCAAGUGAGGCUGUGGUUUUCAAUCUGUACACAAACAAAUAAAGGCUAAUUUCAGGAAAGAGCAAGCAAAACUGGUGGGAUUGUAGCACUUGAGUUUAAGUCUUAAAGGAAGCUAGACAUUCUGAGAGAAGUGAUUACAGCGCAUGUCAGAGAGACGGUCUAUGCCAAAUGAGGAGAUACAGUGUAGAGGUUGAGGAAUAGUUAGGUCAGCAUGGUUGCAACUUUUUUUCUGUUUUGUAUACUCUCCAAUUCUUCAUAUUUGUCAUUCCAUGUAGUACAAAAUGUUAUUUUACACAUAUACCAUAAUUUAUUCAGCUGUUCCCCUGUUGUACAUAUAAAAAUUUCCCAUUUUUGCUCUUAAAAAUAAUACUACUAUAAAUA